AUGACUAAGAUUAGCUUUCUACCCACACUUGAAGACGCUUACGGUGCACUAUCAGCUGAGCAGCUGAAUGUGUUAAGACAACAGGUUCUAUCCGAGGGGGGCGAACUUGCUUCUAUACAAUCGAGGUUCAAUUAUGCGUGGGGAUUGAUUAAAUCAAAAGAGCAAGAUGACCAAAGACUUGGAGUGAAGCUUCUCACUGAUAUCUAUAAGGAGUCAUCGAUGAGAAGACGCGAGUGCUUAUACUAUCUGACCAUUGGGUGCUAUAAGCUGGGAGAAUUCUCUACUGCCAAAAGAUACUCCGACGCUUUGUGCUCCCACGAACCGGACAACAAGCAAGCCUUAGCUUUACAAACGAUGGUAGAGAACAGGAUUCAACGUGAAAGCCUCAAGGGAAUCGCUAUUGCUAGUGGUUGUGUGGCAGUGGCAGCCACUGUCGCAGGCAUACUCUUUAGAAAGAAGCGUUAA